UUUUUCAUCAAUUAUGGAUCAGGCUAAUGGGCUUAUGGGUUAGAAAGAUUGGUUACUCUAACCAGCAUACUGGAUUGUACUUUUUUUUUGGGAGACUAAUUUUGGUUCCCUUUCCCCUUCCAAUCUUUGGAAACUUGAUUGUGAAACGCCACCUUCAAAAAUGUGGUGCUUCAUAAUUUUUUUCCAAAAUAGAGUAUGAUCUUGAUGGUGUUCUUAUUAUCAACAACAGGUUUGGAGUGGAAUCUGCACCUGCAAUUGUAUUUUUAAAAGAACAUGGUGUUAAACCUGUUGUGUACCAUGGACCUGCCAACAAUUCAUGGUUUGUAGAUAUAAUGGAACAGAAUAAACAUCAAGCGAUAUUGUUUUUUCCACACUCAAAUAGAGAACAGCUAUGAAACAUGUGGACCUAGGAGGGAUAUAACAGAUAUACCAGAGUUAAUUAUUGUACACACAAAAGGAAUGCUACAGAAGAUAGUAUUAAAUGAGGAAAAAAAACCAAAAAACAUGUUGGAGGCAUUUCUGAAUGACGAUGUGGAUCCUGCAUCACAACUUGUUGCGAGGUACAAUAGUUCCGAAGAAAGUUUAGAGAUCAUCAAGUGGAUCUCUCAAAUAAUUGAAGAUGGUGACUCUAGGGAGCUCCCCUUUUUUAGAGCAAAAACUCCUGCACUUGUUCCCGAAGAUGCAGAUCCUAUUUGGUCAGUAGGUGCCAAAACCAUUCUAUCCAAAGGGACAGGAAUGAAACAGAGAAUUGGUAGCAUCAUGAAUGGAGUCCACAAUCGCCUGGGAGAUCCAAGGAUUGGCUCAGUCUUGCUCUUGGGAACAUUGAUGUCUUUUGGUGGCAUCUGGCUGCGAAGGAGCCAAUCAACUCAUCCAAGUCAAUCAAAUAAUCAAACUCAACUGAGCAAAAAAGAUGAUGAAGAUAGACCAAAUCAGAGACGCAAGAAGAGAGCGGUGUCAAACCAAGAUUGUCCUCCUUCCAUCACUGACACGGAACCAAAAGACGCUUACCAGAUGCCACUAUCAGAUUCUGACUCCGAGUAAUAGAUGGUGUUCAAAGGAAUCGAGGUUUGACAUUAAGCAAAUGAAGCACAUGGGGUUCUCGAAGUAAAGAUCAGAGUUCUAUCACCGUUGUGAUUAUACUGAUUUGCUCACAGGUGUAACAAGUAACUAGCAAAUGGCUGCCCAACAUAUGUACAUUGAUCAUUUAGAUAUUAUACCAUGAAUUUUGGGAACCUGUUUGAAUUGAUAGUUUGUCCGUUUUUGUCUGUUUUAGUCUCAAUGUGUGACUGAAUCAUAACUUUGUGAUAAUUUUCGAUUAUGUUACCUUCAGGAGCUGCUUUACCUUUCUUAUCUGGAAAAGGAAGCACAUAUGUGAUGGUAUCACUAAGUUGUAAAAUUUUAGUGAAAAAUUCUCACGAAGAUUAUGAGGAGAUAUGUAAAAUUUUAGAAGGUUAAUUCCUAUAAAAGAAAAUUUUCAGCAAGUUCAGAAUAA